ACCUUGACAAUGAAAGUGAAUUGGACAAUGUAGACGCGAUCUAUUCGUAUAAAAACCGGAGCACCUCCUGUCAAAAUUAUUCAGUUGCCAACAUUUGCAGAAUAAACAUGUACGCCAAGUUGAUCAUCGCUCUUUGCGCCGUGGGUGUGGCCCGUGCCAGCGGCCUGUAUGAAGCCGCUCCCCUGGCUUACAGCGCGCACGCCAUCGCCGCUCCCGCCGUGGUGACCAAGACCAUCAGCCCCGCCGUCUCCUCCAUCUCGUCCUACUCGACCCAGACCGCGCACGGUGGCCAAUACGCUGCCUACGCCGCCUCCCCGAUCAUAGCCAAGGCCUACGCCGCUCCCGCCGUCGCCGCGUACGCCGCGCCCGUAGCCACCUACGCCGCUGCCCCCGCCGUCGUCACCAAGACCAUCUCCCCCGCUGUGAGCUCCAUCUCCUCCUACUCCACCAGCACCUCUCACGGCUCCCCCGUCGCCACCUACGCCGCCGCCCCCAUCGUGGCUAAGGCCGUCGCUCCCGUCGCCUACGCCGCUCCCGCUGCUUACGCCGCGUACGCCGCUCCCGCCGUGGCUGCGUACUCCGCCCCCGCUGUGGUGACCAAGACCAUCUCCCCCGCCGUCUCCUCCGUGUCGUCGUACUCCACCCACACCGCGCACGGCUCCGCGUACGCCCCCGCCGCGUACGCCGCGUACUCCGCCCCCCUGGUGGCUAAGACCUACGCCGCUGCUCCCGUGGCUGCCUACGCCCACGCCGCUCCCGUCCUCAAGACCGUCGCGUACGGUAACCACGGUUGGUACGCGGUCUAUUCGUAUAAAAACCGGAGCACCUCCUGUCAAAAUUAUUCAGUUGCCAACAAUUGCAGAAUAAACAUGUACGCCAAGUUGAUCAUCGCUCUUUGCGCCGUGGGUGUGGCCCGUGCCAGCGGCCUGUAUGAAGCCGCUCCCCUGGCUUACAGCGCGCACGCCAUCGCCGCUCCCGCCGUGGUGACCAAGACCAUCAGCCCCGCCGUCUCCUCCAUCUCGUCCUACUCCACCCAAACCGCGCACGGUGGCCAAUACGCUGCCUACGCCGCCGCCCCCAUCGUAGCCAAGGCCUACGCCGCUCCCGCCGUCGCCGCGUACGCCGCGCCCGUAGCCACCUACGCCGCUGCCCCCGCCGUCGUCACCAAGACCAUCUCCCCCGCUGUGAGCUCCAUCUCUUCCUACUCCACCAGCACCUCUCACGGCUCCCCCGUCGCCACCUACGCCGCCGCCCCCAUCGUGGCUAAGGCCGUCGCUCCCGUCGCCUACGCUGCUCCCGCUGCGUACGCCGCGUACGCCGCUCCCGCCGUGGCUGCGUACUCCGCCCCCGCUGUGGUGACCAAGACCAUCUCCCCCGCCGUCUCCUCCGUGUCGUCGUACUCCACCCACACCGCUCACGGCUCCGCGUACGCCCCCGCCGCGUACGCCGCGUACUCCGCUCCCCUGGUGGCUAAGACCUACGCCGCUGCUCCCGUGGCUGCCUACGCCCACGCCGCUCCCGUCCUCAAGACUGUCGCGUACGGUAACCACGGUUGGUAAACUGGAUCAAAAUGUGUUCUUGUAAAUAGACAAAUUAUAAAAUAAAACGACUCUCUA